AUGAGUCCGACUUCGGUUCCAGUUGACAAGAUAUGGCCUGUAUGUAAUAGCCAGAUCAAAAUUGAUGCCUCUAAUAUUAUGUACGUCUUAGCUUUUUUUCCAGACCAGGAGUUUUUCGGUGAAAAGGUAGUUGUUUUCUACGAAUCAAAAUUUGCGUUGUACCCGUACUAUAAGGAUUAUGACUCCAGCCAACCAAUCAAUGGAGGUUUACCUCAGAAUAUUUCACUUCAAGCUCAUUUGGAUGCAGUCGCUCAGCAAAUCCAAGCUGAUAUUCCGGAUCCAAACUUUCAUGGAAUCGCUGUGAUCGAUUUAGAAGCAUGGCGCCCACUUUACCACAUGAAUUGGGAUGAAAAGAAGGUAGGUAAUCCCAUCAGAUAG